UGCCUGCAAAGAAUGGUUGAAAAGCAAGAAACUUAUUUUAGUGAGUACAAACAAAAGAUAUUUUUUGAAAAUAGUUUGAAGUAAUAUGAAAUUGAUAGAAUUCAGUCUGAUAAAAAAAUGUUCAUGAGAGUGUUAAUAUUUAUAACUCCACUUUUGAACUUGUCCUGGCCAUUGAUAGCCCUGAAAAAUAAGAAGUUAAAAUGUAUUGCUAAAAGUGAAGGAGCAGAUAGGAAAUGUAUUGAGAAAAAAGAAAGUUUUUAAGAAUUUAAUUUGAAACGAUCACGUAUAGAAUUGUUUGUGGAAAUAUAUAUAUUAUUGAAUGUGCCUGGCUUCAAAGAGGUUUAAAAAUAGAUUUUUUGUGAAAAUUUUAGCACUGUAUUGUAGAAAAUCAAACUACAGCAGGGAUAUAAGGGCUUAUCAAUUGAAAUCCCUGUGUAAUAAACAUAUAGUCCUGCAAUGUUAACAGUAGGGGCCGGGGGCCAGCGGGAUGAGCUCCAAGUACAUCACCCUUUGACAGAUAUCGUUGAUCUAAGCGAUCCAUUCGUAAUAUCCUUUGCACAGUUGUGCAACCUGGUAAACCUGCAUUGAAGCGGAUUGUCCGUCAUUUUGGCAAGUCGGUUCUUCGAGACGAUGGGACGCUGGAUAGAGCCAAGCUUGGAUCCAUCAUAUUUGCUGAUUCUGAGAAACGGAAGAUACUGAACCGCUGCACCCAUCCCUACAUACAACGGACGAUGCUCUGGGAAGUCCUGACAAGCUUUCUCUCUGGACACCAUUAUGUGAUCUUGGAUGUCCCUCUGCUCCUAGAUGGAAGUGCUCUGAGAAGGUUCAUCAAAUAUGUGCUUGUGGUGUAUUGCGAUGAAGCGACUCAGCUGGAUCGUCUAAUGUCUCGCAAUGAUCUAACCCAAGAGGACGCCCUUCAAAGAAUCAACUCGCAGGUUCCACUUGAGAUCAAGAAGAAACAGGCCGACUUUGUGAUCGAUAAUAACGGAAGCUUGACUGCCACAAAACAACAAGUACUCGAACUAUACGAGAGAUUAGAGGGUUCAUACGCACACUGGAAAUUGAGGUCAUUCUUGUUGGGGAGUUUAGUUCUUCUUGGGGGUGGUGCUUACAAGUUAUAUUCAUUCCUAUGAACUUUGGGGAUAAAAAGCAUAUUGAAAUGAUGGUCCCUGUGUUAAGUCUAUGGGAAUGAAAAAAAUCAAUAGCCAAUGGGUUAAGAUUUAAAGAUACAUGGGAAUCUCUUUAUGAAGGACACCGUUUGAACCAAUAUACAAAUAAUUCAUGUAUGCGAGUGCUUUAUUGAAUAUGCACUGCACGCAGGUUAAGUCAUAAUGGGGUAAUGAACGAGACUUGUCUAGAUCAUUAUCCGGUUUAUAGCAGUGCAUCAUAUCGUAAAGAACUCCAUAGAUAUAAACUCAUUAUUUGCAGUUUGUUUGUUCCACAUUUACAUCAAAAAACGAUUUUUAAUUCUUUUUC